AUGCCCGUCACAAAGUUCGACAUUCCCGAGAAAUACGAGUACAAGAAUGGUUUUGACUCGUACAUAGAGUCCGAGGCCGUCCCCAGCGCCCUUCCUACAGCCCAAAACUCCCCACAAAAACCGCCCCUUGGGCUCUACGCAGAAAAGCUCUCCGGCACAGCCUUCACCGCACCCCGUCACGAAAACAAGCAGUCCUGGCUCUACCGUAUCCUGCCCUCGUGCGCGCACCCGCCCUUCGAGGACGUCCCUGACAGCGAGAAAAAUGAGUCCCUUGGUCAGGGAGGUGAAGUUUUCAAGACCGGACUGAAAUAUCUACCGAACCAGUUGAGAUGGGACCCAUUUGACUUUGACCGGGGGAGUGAUUGGGUCAGGGGGCUGCAUCUGGUAGCGGCAGCGGGCGAUCCGGCGAUGAAGCAGGGGUGUGCGAUGUAUGUAUAUGCGGUGGGAAAGUCUAUGGGGGAUAAGGAGGCUUUCUACUCUGCUGAUGGCGAAAUUCUGAUUGUGCCACAAACGGGGGCACUGGAUAUUCGCACAGAGUUUGGCUGGUUGCUGGUCAGGCCGAUGGAGAUUUGUGUUAUCCCCCGCGGCGUGCGGUAUCAAGUUCGCUUGGUCGAGGAGGGGAAGCCAGCGAGGGGCUACGCACUGGAGUUGUUCCAGGGCAGGUUUGUCCUGCCUGAACUGGGGCCGAUCGGGUCUAAUGGCCUGGCGAACGCAAGAGAUUUCCAGAUCCCUGUGGCCAGCUUCGAUGAGGAUUGCGGCACAACAGCGUUUGAUGGCGCGAAUGUGUACACCAUCACGGCAAAGUUCAAUAACGCACUGUUCCGAACGCUGCAGCCGCAUACCCCGUUUGAUGUCGUUGCUUGGCAUGGGAAUUACUAUCCUUACAAGUACGACCUGGGGAGGUUCAAUACCAUUGGCACGAUCAGCUAUGACCAUCCCGACCCGAGCAUCUUCACUGUCCUCUCCGGCCCGUCGGACAAGCCUGGUACAAGCAUCGCUGACUUCGUCAUCUUCCCGCCCCGCUGGCUUGUAGGCGAGGAUACUUUCCGCCCGCCGUGGUACCAUCGCAAUACUAUGUCUGAGUUCAUGGGCCUGAUUAAAGGCGACUAUGAUGCUAAAAAGGGUGGUGAAGGAGGGUUUAUUCCCGGAGGCGCCAGCUUGCAUAAUGUAAUGAGUGGGCAUGGUCCGGAUGUUGACAGUUAUGAGGGGGCCAGGAAUGCAGAACUGAAGCCGGCGAAGGUUGGUGAGGGAAGCUGUGCGUUUAUGUUUGAGAGUUGUCUAAUGAUGGGCGUGACCGAGUGGGGUUUGAAGACAUGUCGGAAGGUGCAGGAGCAGUAUAAUGAACGGAGUUGGGGCGGUGUUAAGGUGCAUUGGAAGGGUGUUAAGAUCGAGUGUGAGCGGGGGAGAGGGCAGUAG